CCUGGACCCAGACUUGUGGGUGCAGACGUGGCUGGGGUGCCCAAGCCCGGGCGGGACCCGCCUGGCCAGCGGGACAGCUGGGACCCGCACAGCGACACCUGGACAGCCACGUGGCCGCGGGGCGGGGACGGGGCGGGCGCAGCGCAGGAGCUCGCUGACCCGGAGCAGAGGGGCUCCCCACCCAGACCACCAGGCUCCCCGUUUCCACAAGAAUGGCCCAGAUGUCUCAGGUGCAGGAACUCUUCCACGAGGCAGCCCAGCAGGGGGUCCUGGCCCAGCCCCAGCCCUGGUGGAAGGUCCAGCUGUUCGUGUGGGAGCCAGUGCUGUUCGGGACCUGGGAUGGCGUGUUCACGUCCUGCAUGAUCAACAUUUUUGGGGUCGUCCUUUUCUUGAGGACCGGCUGGCUGGUGGGAAACACGGGAGUGCUCAUGGGCAUGUUUCUGGUGUCCUUCGUCAUCCUGGUGGCCCUCGUCACCGUGCUGUCUGGCAUCGGAGUCGGGGUGCACUGUGGCAUUGGCAGUGGUGGCGUCUACUCCAUGAUCUCCUCAGUCCUGGGCGGGCAGACCGGAGGCACCAUCGGGCUACUCUAUGUGUUUGGACAGUGUGUUGCAGGUGCCAUGUACAUCACCGGCUUCGCUGAAUCCAUCUCAGAUUUGCUGAGCCUCAGGAACAUCUGGGCCGUGCGAGGCAUUUCAGUUGCGGUGCUUCUGGCCUUGCUGGGCAUUAACCUAGCAGGUGUCAAAUGGAUCAUCCGCCUGCAGCUGCUGCUGCUGCUGCUGCUGGCCGUGUCCACCCUGGACUUCGUGGUGGGCUCCUUCACACACCUGGACCCAGAACAUGGCUUCGUUGGGUAUUCACCGGAACUGCUGCAGAACAACACGCUGCCUGAUUACAGCCCCGGGGAGUCUUUUUUCACUGUCUUUGGGGUGUUCUUCCCAGCAGCAACAGGAGUCAUGGCCGGCUUCAACAUGGGGGGUGAUCUCAGGGAGCCUGCUGCCAGCAUCCCCCUGGGCUCCCUCGCAGCUGUUGGCAUCUCGUGGUUUCUGUACAUCGUCUUUGUCUUCCUGCUUGGCGCCAUCUGCACCCGCGAGGCCCUCCGCUAUGACUUCCUGAUAGCGGAAAAGGUGUCCCUGGUGGGCUUCCUGUUCCUUUUGGGCUUAUACAUCUCAUCUCUGGCCUCCUGUAUGGGGGGCCUCUACGGAGCCCCCCGGAUCCUGCAGUGCAUUGCCCGGGAGAAAGUGAUUCCCGCAUUGGCCUGUCUGGGGCAAGAGAAAGGGCCAAAUAAAACCCCCAUAGCUGCCAUCUGCCUGACCAGUUUGGUGACCAUGGCCUUUGUCCUUGUGGGUCAGGUGAACGUUCUGGCUCCCAUAGUCACCAUUAACUUCAUGCUGACAUACAUCGCGGUGGAUUACUCUUACUUCUCCCUGUCCAUGGUUCCCGGCAGCCACCCCCAGGUGCCUGAGCCAGUGCACAGGCAGGACAUGGAAGCUCUCCUCUGCUCUGAGCACCUGCUGUUGGAAAAGGCUCCCCGGUAUGGCUCUGAGGGCACUGCCCGAAGCCUCUCUGAGGGCACUCUGCUAGAAUUCACCAAAGACAUGGAUCAGCUCCUGCAGCUAACCAAGAAGCUUGAGAGCAGCCAGACCAGGCCGGGAGAGAGCAACAGGAUCCCAGAGCAUCCGAGGGGAAAAUGCAAGAAGGCCACCAAGCAAACCCUGCAAGAUAGCUUCCUCUUGGACCUCAAGUCGCCAACUUCCUUCCCCGCAGAAGGCCCUGACAGCUUGCCCACUGCCAUCUGGGCGGGGCAGGAGUCCUACUGGAACAAGCAGGGUGCCAGGAGGGAAAGGGCUCAGCCUGCGGGAGCGCGUGGAGAACAACUUGUCCCUGAGCUGAGUCACCAGCCAAGGCCAAGUGGAGAAGACUUCUUCCUAAAGUCUAGGCUCCAGGAACAAGAUAUCCAGAGCAGAACUACUUCUUUCUACGCUCGCAUAUGCAACCCCUGGGUCUCCCUGUUGGGGGCCGUUGGGUCUCUUGUCAUCAUGUUUGUGAUCCAGUGGGUCUAUGCUUUGAUCAACAUGUGUGUUGCUGCCAUUGUGUAUUUCUACAUUGGUCGGGCCAGUCCCGGGCUUCACCUUGGAUCAGCCUCCAACUUCAGUUUUUUCAGAUGGAUGCGGUCUCUUCUGAUCCCCUCCUGCAGGAGCUUGCGAUCCCCACAGGAGCAGAUCAUUUUGGCGCCGUCCCUGGCGAGAGUUGACAUGGAGAUGAAGCAGCUCACCCAAGAGAACACAGACUUCGCCACUCGGGACCGCUACCACCACUCCUCCCGGGUGAGCCGAGAGCAGCUGAUGCCUCAGUACUAGAGUGCUGAGCGCUCAGUCCUGGGCAGCCGGGGCCCUCCUCUCCUGGGGCUGUCUAGUGCUCCGUGGACUCCAAUCCCAGAGCCUUUGUGGAGCUGGUUCUCCUCAGUAAGAAACUCAAAGACCUGUCCUCCCACUGCCGUGUUGGACAAUGAACAUCUGCAUUCUGGUCUGGCACACCACCGCCGACCAGAGCAGCCACGCGAAUGGCCGUGGCUCUGAAACACACUCCCUGUCUGAAGAGCUCCCCACGGACACCAAGACCGGCAGGUGUGGAGAACCGGGCCAGACUGCUUGUUCCGAGGGCCGCAAUAAAUGGUUGUUUAAAUUUUUAUUUUAUUAUUUACUCGUUGAAUAAAUAACGCACCAACAUGGUUACAAACCCCAAAGUAUAAUCAUCCUUGCUCCCCGUCUGUUCAGUUCCAUUCUCUGCCCCAGAGGUCACCACACCGUUUUUAUAUUAUUUCCAGCAUUUCUCGAUGAUAAACCAGCAAAUAGAAAUGGGGAUUCUGAUUACUCCCCUUUUAUACACAAAAGAUAGCGUAUUAUACAUGUGUUCUGCACCUCGAUUUUCCCCUUAACGAUCUAUCUUGGAGACAUUUCCAUAUCAUUACAUACAGUUUCCUCAUUACUUUUCAUUGUAUGAAUGCACUGUAAUUUAUUUCAUCAGCUCCACACUCAUGGCAUUUGGAUUAUUUCCAGUCUUUUGCUGCUGUUAUAAUCAGUUCUGCACUGAAUAAUCUUGUGCGUUUGUACAUGCAUAAAGAAUUUCUGAAGGAUAAAUUCCCAAA